AUGGCUGGUGAAGCGACCAAGAAGCGGGGGGGCCAGGCUGCCGCCGCCGGCGGGGGGAAAAGGGGCAAGCGCAAGGCCAGGCGCAAGGAGACCUACUCGGUCUACAUUUACAAAGUGCUGAAGCAGGUCCACCCGGACACGGGCGUCUUCUCCAAGGCCAUGAGCAUCAUGAACUCCUUGGUCAACGACCUCUUCGAGCGCCUGGCCCGCGAGGCCUCCCGCCUGGCGCAGUACACCAAGCGCUCCACCAUCACCAGCCGCGAGGUGCAGACCGCCGUGCGCCUCCUGCUGCCGGGCGAGCUGGCCAAGCACGCCGUCUCCGAGGGCACCAAGGCCGUCACCAAGUACACCGGCAGCAAGUGACGGCCGGCACCCCGCCCCGCCAAUAAAGCGGC